CAUGUGGUAGAUACUCUAUCUAAACUAGUACAAGAAUGUUUUAGAUCUAAUGAAAUGGAGGCUAAAGUUUUUUUUCAUUGUCUUAGUUUAGAUACUACAAUUACAAUUCCCAAUUAUUCAAGUCGACAUGGAUGCUCUAAGAGUUUUAACAACUUUCAACUCUAUAUCUAUGGGCUUAAUCAAGUUUUUUUGAUUUAAUUUUAAAUGUUGGUUGUUUUUUUUUUAGGUUAUUGUUUUUUAUGUUUGGAAAAAUGCUAACCAAGGCAUGAUUUUUGUUGUAUGACUAAAAUUCUCGACCCUAUUUUAUCAUUUGUUGUAAACGAAUUAUACGUUAUAAUAACAGUGGAAAAAAAGAAAAAUUCUAAAAGAUGCUCGAGAAUUUUAAUUUAAAAAAAAAAAAAAAGGCUCGAGAAGGGAUAAAAGAGAAAAAGAAAACGGAAAGGAAGGGGAACCCUAAUUCCUAAUCCUAUUCAGUCUUCACCUCAGCCCUCUCUCUCGUGCGAUUCACUUCAGACGCUUCAGCCUCACAGCCGCAUCUCUCUCUCGGACGACGGUGAGAACUCAACCCAACCACCUCCUCUUCAGACGGUUUCUUCUCCAUUCUCCAGCAAUUUAUCUCCCUCAGUUCCCGCCCUCUAUUUAUUAGGACAAAAAAUUUGGAUUGUUGGGUGUCCAGGAAUUGGGUAUGAAGAGAAUACCCUCAAGUGAAUUUUGAUUUUAGAUUGCUAUGGCGAGGAAAUACAGCAGUGAAUCUAGUGAUGAUGACGAUCUGAAAAAUCAGAGAGACAGAAGUAGCCAUCGUCGUGGUAGUAGAAGGGAUUCAAAAUCUUACAGUCGUCGCAAGGAAACUGAUUCCUCCGAUUCUGACAGGAGGAGUAAGACUAUAAGAGAUCAGCGAGGUAGUAGUGACGGUGAUAGGGAAAAUGUGGCUGAUGUGGGGGCUAAGGAUAGAGGUCGAUGGAGGCCAAGUGAUGAAGAAGACGGAAAGGUCUCAAGGAGAACUGAUGGUGAACUUGAGACAGAUAAAAAAGUUGGUCAGCUAGAAAAGGAUCAAAUUCGUCAACAUGAUAAGAGGAACAGAGAGCGAGAGCCUGGAGAGAUAGUUGAUGUGAGAGAAUUCGAUCAAGGUACUGAAGAAGAUGAUAGACGUAGGAGAAGGGAUCAUCGGGGUGGGGAGAAGACCCAUCGGCAUGAUAAUGGUCGUAGAAAUCGGGAUAGGUAUUCUCGUCGCUAUUCAGAUGAUGAUUCUGAUAGAGAGUAUCGCAAAACAUCAGAGAGAAAAAGGGACUGGAAAGUUGAUGAAAAGCAGAGUGGACACAGAACCAAAGAUGAUGACUUAAAAACUCAUAGGGAAAAAGAGAGUGUAAAAGAACAAUUUGAAGCUGGUAGGGCACUUGAAAAGCCUAAACCUCAGGGGCAUUCUGCAACCGAAAGCAAUCCAACAAUGGAUACAUCAAAUUUUGGUAAGAGUGGUGGAGUUUACAUUCCUCCAUUCAAGUUGGCUAGGAUGUUGAAAGAAGUUGACGAUAAAAGUAGUGUUGAAUACCAGCGAUUAACUUGGGAUGCCCUCCGGAAGAGUAUAAACGGGCUUGUGAAUAAGGUCAAUGCUACAAAUAUAAAAAACAUUAUUCCGGAACUUUUCGCAGAGAAUCUGAUCAGGGGCAGGGGUUUGUUCUGCCGAUCUUGUAUGAAGUCGCAAAUGGCAUCUCCAGGAUUUACAGAUGUUUUUGCUGCUUUGGUUGCUGUUGUCAACACCAAGUUUCGUGAGGUUGGUGAUCUUUUAUUAAGAAGGAUAGUAUUGCAGCUCAAACGAGCAUACAAGCGGAAUGACAAGCCACAAUUACUAGCUGCUGUUAAGUUUAUAGCACAUCUGGUAAAUCAACAAGUGGCACACGAAAUUAUUGCUUUAGAAUUGCUCACUGUGCUUCUUGAGAACCCAACUGACGACAGCGUUGAAGUUGCUGUGGGCUUUGUGACAGAGUGUGGUUCUAUUCUCCAGGAUCUUUCUCCAAAGGGAUUGCAUGGUAUUUUUGAACGAUUCCGUGGAAUUCUUCAUGAAGGAGAAAUAGACAAAAGGGUUCAAUUCUUAAUUGAAGGCUUAUUUGCAGUUCGAAAAGCAAAGUUUCAGGGUUACCCCGCUGUGCGUCCAGAACUGGACCUUGUGGAACAAGAAGAUCAGUGGACACAUGAGAUUUCUCUUGAAGAGGAGAUAGAUCCAGAAAUCACACUCGAUAUUUUCAAAGCGGACCCUAAUUUCCUUGAGAGCGAAAAGCGUUAUGAAGAGCUAAAGAAGAACAUACUUGGAGAGGAGUCUGAGGAUGAAGAAGGUUCAGAUGGUGAGGAUGAUGAAGAUGAAGAUGAUGAGGAUGAGGAUGAGUCUGACGAAGAUGAAGAAGAGCGGAUGGAGAUAAAGGAUGAGACGGAGACAAAUCUCGUAAACCUUCGUAGGACAAUAUACUUGACGAUAAUGUCAAGUGUGGACUUUGAGGAGGCUGGUCAUAAGCUGCUUAAGAUUAAACUUGAGCCUGGUCAAGAGAUGGAGCUUUGCAUCAUGCUUUUGGAAUGUUGCAGUCAAGAGAGAACCUACUUAAGAUAUUAUGGUCUUUUGGGCCAGCGGUUCUGUAUGAUAAACAAAGUUCACCAGGAAAAUUUUGAGAAAUGCUUUGUCCAGCAAUAUUCUAUGAUUCAUCGGCUCGAAACAAAUAAGCUGCGCAAUGUUGCAAAGUUUUUUGCCCAUUUACUUGGUACAGAUGCUUUACCUUGGCAUGUAUUGGCCUACAUUCGUUUAACGGAAGAGGAUACUACUUCGUCCUCUCGAAUCUUUAUCAAGAUUCUCUUCCAGGAAUUAUCUGAGCAUCUUGGCAUCCGAUUGCUGAACGAACGACUCUCAGACCCUUCAAUGCUUGAUUCAUACGAGUCUAUUUUUCCAAGGGAUAAUCCGAAGAACACUCGAUUUGCCAUCAACUUCUUCACGUCAAUUGGUCUUGGAGGUAUCACUGAGAACUUGAGAGAGUAUUUGAGGAACAUGCCGCGCCUUAUUAUUCAACAGAACAAUGCGGCGGACUCCGAUGAUGAAUCAUCUGAUAGCUCGGAGUCUGAGUCAUCAAGUUCCGAGUCAGAAUCUUCAGAUGAAAGUGAUUCUGGUAAGGAUGAAAAGAAACGUAGGAAGCGCCGCAGGCGAUAGAGAAAUCAAGGGAGUUAUCUUGUAGAAUUGAGAUUUGUCUUGGCUGUUUAAAUUGUAAAAUUUGGAUACUUGUGAAAUGUUUGACAAAUUUUGUUUCACUAAUUUUUGAGAGCUAAAGUAUCAAAUAUGCCUAGUGAUAAUAGAGCAAGAGUUUGAUUAGAAUAUUUGAAUUAGUAAUUAAUACAACUUAACGAUAAUAAUAUAAUGUUUAGCUUACCGAAUUAUUCUACAAA